GGGGUUGAGGGUGGAGGUGUCCGAGUGAGGUACAAGCUAUUCAGAAAACACAGUGUCUCUACACUCUGGGACUGUCCAGCUCUUCCCCCCACCCCUCUCUCUCGCUGCCCGUGACCAGCACCCUGGCCCCGGGGAAUGUCUGGCUGAUAAACAAAGUUGCUAGCGCCAUUUCUGCUGUGCGUUCGUCUCCCUGGGAUCAGAAUCGGGAGAUGAGUAGAUAGGUUUCCGAGUUUGGAGGCAGCCGUAGCGGAUAUUUCCAGCGCUUUCUCCGCCAAUCCGCAGGGCGUGUUUGGAAGCGCAGACGGAGCGAAUGGGAGCCGGUGGAUGACAAAGUUCAAAGUAAGAUGUAUCAAAGACAGAAAAUGCAAAGGAUUUGUGUACGGCAAUCUCAAACACAGCAAUAUGAUCUGCCCUAUUUGCCACCACUUGAAUACCUUUCACCUGUGAAUGUGGAGGAAGCGAAGCUGAAGAGGACAGCACACCAAUCGCAGCAAGUAGAAUCCAAACAUAUAGGUUCACUUGCUCUCUGAGAUUUGGAUAAACCACCUUGAGUUAAACCUGGUAAAGUGUCCAGUUAUUGACGAAGAAGACAGAUAUUUCCUUUGUACCACCAGUGUAUCAGUUGUUGACUGUCAGUGAAAUCCAUUGGAACCGGGGUGCUGAGAACACAACAGACUGGUUCACUCGAGAUCACUUCUUCAUUGAUUGUGUGAGGAUUCACUACAUCUGACAUCUAACUUUAUGAAUUAACAGCAGGGCGAUAUCAGUUACUUGUUCUUCGCGUGGGAAGGGAUUCUUUCACUCAGCCCACCCACAGUCACACCAGUGACUUCAUACUGUGCAAAGGCCAUUCACCUGCUCUGCCAUCUAAGAGGGGAUAUACUCAGUCAUCCAGGUACAACACUGAGUUCAUACCAUAGUUAAACAGUUCACCUGUUCUAACUGGAAUGUGAUUCAUACUCUCAUCCAUGCUGAAGACACAUCAAAAAUUUCACACCAGUGAGAGGCUGUUCACAUUCUCUGUAUGAAGAGUUUCACAUACUCAGUCCAUCCGUGGAGCAAUCAGUGAGUUCUGUGUGUGGGAAGGGGUUCAGUCACUGAUCACACAUGAUGAGUCACUCGGGGGAGAGACCGUUCACGUGCUCAGAUUGUGGGAGGGGAUUCACUCAGUCCAGCCACCUGCACACACACCAGUCAGUUCAUACUGGAGAGAGACCAUUCACCUGUUCAGAUUGCGGGAAGGGAUUUACUCAGUUGUCCAACCUUCAGAAACACCAGCGAGUUCACACUGGAGAGAGACCAUUCACCUGCCCUGAAUGUGGGAAGGGAUUCAUUCAGUCAAGCCACCUACAGACACACCAGUCUGUUCACACUGGGGAGAGACCAUUCAUCUGCUCAGAUUGUGGGAAGAGGUUCACACAGUCAUCUAAUUUGCAGAAACACCAGCGAGUUCACACUGGGGAGAGACCGUUCACCUGUUCUGAAUGUGGGAAAAAAUUCAGUAACUCGUCCAGCCUGAUGGACCACCAGCGUGUUCACUCUGGGGAGAGACCAUUCACCUGCUCUCAAUGUGGGAAGGGAUUCACUCAAUUAUCUAAUCUACGAGCACACCAGCGAGUUCACACUGGGGAGAGACCUUUCACCUGCUCCGAGUGUGGGAAGGGCUUCAAUUACUCGUCCAACCUGAUGAACCACCAGCGCGUUCACUCUGGGGAGAGACCAUUCACCUGCUCUGAAUGUGGGAAAGGGUUCACUCAAUUAUCUCACCUGCAGGCACACCAGCGAGUUCACACUGGAGAGAGACCAUUUGUCUGCUCAGAUUGUGGGAAGAGGUUCAGUAACUCAUCCAACCUGAUAAUGCACCAACGUGUGCACACUGAGGAGAGGCCAUUUUCGUGCUCUGAAUGUGGGAAGGGAUUCAUUAAUUCAGGCCAGCUAGAGACACACCAAACGGUUCACACUGGGAAGAGACUGUUCAGCUGCUCAGAAUGUGGGAAGAGUUUUACUCAGUUAUCCAACCUGCAGAAACACCAGCGAGUUCACACUGGGGAGAAACCAUUCACCUGCUCUGAAUGUGGGAAGAAAUUCAGUAACUCAUCCAACCUGAUGAUGCAUCAACGUGUUCACUCUGGGGAGAGGCCGUUCACCUGCUCCGAGUGUGGGAAGGGAUUCACUCAAUUAUCUAAUCUGCAAGCCCACCAGCGUGUUCACACUGGGGAGAGGCCGUUCACCUGCUCCGAGUGUGGGAAAACAUUCAGUAACUCAUCCAAUCUGAUGAAGCACCAGCGAGUUCACUCUGGGGAGAGGCCGUUCACUUGCACUGAAUGUGGGAAGGGAUUCACUCGAUUAUCUCAUCUUCAAGCCCACCAGCGCAUUCACACGGGAGACAGACCGUUCACCUGCUCUGAAUGUGGGAAGACAUUCACUAACUCAUCGACUGUAGUGAGACACCAGCGCGUUCACUCUGGGGAGAGACCGUUCACCUGCAUUGAAUGUGGGAAGGGAUUCACUCAAUUAAUUAAUCUGAAAGCACAUCAGCGAGUUCACUCUGGGGAGAGGCCAUUCACCUGCUCUGAAUGUGGGAAGGGAUUCACUCAAUUAAUUAAUCUGAAAGCACACCAGCGGGUUCAUACCAGGGAGAGACCAUUCACCUGCUCUGAAUGUGGGAAGAGUUUUACUCAGUUAUCCAACCUGCAGAAACACCAAAGAGUUCAUACGGGAGAGGCCAUUCACCUGCUCUGAAUGUGGGAAGAAAUUCAGUAACUCAUCCACUCCAUUGAGACAACAAUGAGUUAACUAUAGGGAGAUACUGUUUACCUGCUCUGAAUGUGGGAAGAGAUUCACUCAGUUAUCUCAUCUGCAAGCCCACCAGCAAGUUCCCUCUGGGGAGAGAUCUGCUCUGAAUGUGAGAAGUGAAUGACUCAGUCAUCCAGCCUUAUGAAGUACUCUACAUACACGUGCUGGAUGUUUAGCCAACAUCCUGGCUGAAUGCAGAGGCAAAUUCAAAAGUGACAAUUCAGUGUUAGAAUGCAAUUACUGCCCCUGCUCGUCCCACCCAGUUCUGUACCCUGGUCAGUGGACAUGGGAGGAGUUGCUUCCUCUGAUGUGGACCAUUAAUGGUUCUGGAGUUUAAUAUUCUGAUUCUCUGACAAAUAAAUCAGUUUUAAACUUAUUUUGGGAAUUAAGUGCAUGCACAACAGAACCAGUAUAUAAUAGGGUGUCAACUCAGCCCAGUUGGUCCCUGACAGGGUUUCUGAUCCAGCACAGAGCUUUUAUAUCUGUCCCUGCUCUUCACCUCCCUGUGGUGGUGGGUUCCAAAUUGUCACCACUCUGUGGGUGAAGAGGUUUCUCUUCAAAGAAAUUCUCUGGGAGAAGAAGAAGACAAGCUCAGUGCAAUUACAUCUGAAAUAAUCUUCGUAUGUUCUCCCCAUGGAAUACUUGGGGUGUUCCCCAGGUGCUCAGGUAUCCUCCCAGAGUCCAAAGAUGUACCAGUUAGUAGGUUAAUUGAUCAUUGAAAAUUGUCCUGUGAUUCAGUCAGGGUCAAUUGGGUUUGUCAGGGAUUGUUGGGGUGGCGUGGCUGGAAGAUCUACAAGAGCCUACACUGCAUUGUUUCACUAAAUAAAGUCUCUGGGCUGAGGUAGAAUGACAUUGGUUAUUAAACUCCUGCACCGCUCUUUUCAACAUAAUGGGUCAUUUUCCCUAUUUACCAAGGGUUGUGUGUCACACAGCUGGGUUGUUACAAUACACCACUGCCCUCUAAAGUCUGAAAGCAGACUGGGGGAUCAUUAAUUAGAUGUUCAGUUGAGCAGGGUCACAAUCCAGAGAUGGGUCAGUAGGGGGCAGGGUUUAGAACUCUGGACACAAAUAUAUCAGUUUUCAAACCUCAGACAAGAGGGUGUAUUUCAUCCCAGCUGGAAACAUGCACCUGCUUUGUGUCUGAAAUGUAGUUUUGUUUAAAUUUCUCAUUGAAGCCCAUUGGAACUAGGGGCCUGAGAACACACAGCACGUUCUCACUGAAGAUCAGCUGCUGAACUGCUGAGAGAUUCGUCUGACCCGAUGAGACACCAGAGAGCUCACAGCAGGGAAAAAUCAAUCACCUGCCAAGUGUGGGAAGGGAGUCAAGCAGUCAUCCAUCCUGCAGAUACACCAGCAGGUUCACACUGGGAAGAGGUUGCUCACCUGCUCCAGGUGUGGGAAGGGAUUCAUUUGUUCAUAUCAACUGCUGGAUCUCAAUAUCGUUCACACUGGACAGAGGCCAUUCUCCCUCUCUGUGUGUGGAAUGGGAUUUAUUCAGGCAUCAGAGCUGGGAGGGGCCUUUCAGCUGCUUUAAAUGAAUGAAGGGAAUUCCUCAGUCAUCCCGCCUGCUGAAAUACCAGUCAGUUCACACAGGGGAGGCAGUUUAAGUAACUCAUGUUGAAUUUUUAACCCCCACAUUUGGUGAAUUUGGCUGCAAGUUCAGUAGUGAGUGUUGGUGUCAGAUUCUGCAGUCAUUGCUGCUCUUCAUCACACAUGGAACAGAUCUUUGGUCUCUGGGCACAAUUGGGUUUGUUUUGUUGACAUUAGAUUUAAUUUGACUGGAGUUUAAUAUUUUGAAUCUGUGAUGAA